GGCAGAACCUGACCAACCAUGGUGAAUCUGGGCUUGUCCCGUGUGGAUGACGCCGUGGCCGCCAGGCACCCGGUGAGAAGGCUAGCCUGGGGGCCAGAGAGCUGACCCUACGAUGCUGACCUGAGGCAAAGUAGAGGCAGGGGAAGCCCUGUCAGGGAGUGGAGGAGUGGGGGAACCCUCCUGACUUAGGGAUAGGGCACGCUAAAUGGGUUUAGGGGAGGGUGGAAUAUAUCCAUUCUCCCUCGCCAAGGCCAGGUCGUGGCUAAAGGAGAAGCAGGAGGCGAGGAAAGAGAACUGAGCCACGAACACCUUCCCCGCCCCCUAAUCCCAGGGACUCGAGGAAUUUGCUGCCUGCCAGUCGCACGCCUUCAUGAAGGGCGUUUUCACUUUUGUCACAGGCACUGGUGCGACUUUUGGCCUGCUGAUGUUCAUUAAGAGGAAGUUUCCAUACCCUGUGCAGUGGAGCUUCCUAGUGUCUGCCAUUGCAGGAUCUGUGGCCAGCUACAGAGUGACAAGUAUGGAGUGUCAGAAAUGCAGCAAUCUCUGGCUCUUCCUGGAGACCGGGCAGCUCCCCAAAGACAUAAGCACAGAUCCUCACGACUAGAAGCGCUCUGGCUGCUGAGGUGCAGGAUGCGAAGCAGGGAAGAUCCUAGAGCACAGAUCUAACGUCAUCUAACUCCAGGACAGUCCCUCCUACCUCAGCAAACACACACACACACAUGCAUCCUCUAGUGUCAUCUCUCUCCUACACAUGCAUGUGGGGUCCUGCCUGAAAAACCUGUGAAGACUACUGCUGCACCAAAUCCAGGACCUGCCAGCUCGGAACAAGGCUUGGGAGGGGGAGAUCUUCCGCAGAGCAGCAAGGAGCCUCAGAGAGGCUUGAAUCCUGUUGCACCCAGCUGCUGGAGCAGCAGCCUGCAUGUGUUGAGAGAGACUUGAGUGCUUUCUCUGAUCUCUGCCCCAAAUCCAAGGAGAAUGUUGGAGAGUUGUAGCUAAUAAAUGGCUUGUCCUUUUUCCUAUGUGAGCUCUGAAGCAAUUAAACACGUGCUAGUGAG